UUUGACUAAAUGCUUUUUACAUUUCUAUACAAUAUUCUUUUCGCUUAAUUUUUUUUUUUUUUUUUGAACGGAUGUACCAUAUCCGCCUCCAUAAACUACUGAUUGAAAUUGAGAGCCAACCCAAUUCUCGGAUCAAAUUCUAGUUGGUUUCACUUUAGACAACUCACUUUGCACAUCACCAAAACACCGAUUCAUCCAUAUCACCCAACAAAGCCACAAAAAUAGCAAGUCCAUCCCACACAAUCAGCCCAUCCAACAACAACAACAAUAUUCCCUCUUUCCAUUUUCCACCCUUUGUUUUCUUCUUUCUCUCAACUUCUCCACCUUUCGCUCUCCUCCAAAAUGUCAACCAAACCCUUACCCACCUCCACCACCCCAAACUACGGCACAAUCCCCACCACCACCACCACCACCACCACCCCCUCCACCUCCAUCGACACCUUCAUCACCCGCGCCACCCACCACACCCAAACCCUAAUCUCCCACCGCCGUCCAUGGCGCGAACUCCUCUCUCUCUCCUCCCUCUCCCUCCCCACCUCCUACUCCGCCGCCAUGUCUCGCCUCCGCCGCAACCUUAACUACUUCCGCUUCAAUUACUCCCUCAUCAUCCUCUCCAUCCUCUUCCUCAGCCUUCUUUGGCACCCCAUCUCCAUGAUCGUCUUCCUAGCUGUUUUCGUUCUCUGGCUUUUCCUCUAUCUUUCGAGAGACGACCCAAUCGUUGUUUUCCAUCGUUCGAUAGAUGAUCGAUUUGUUCUUCUUGGGCUCACCAUUGUUACGAUUCUCGCAUUGGUUUUUACCCAGGUUGGAUUGAAUGUGUUGGUUUCGCUUGUGAUUGGGUUUUUUGUUGUUGGAUUACAUGCUGCGUUUCGAAGUGUUGAUGAUUUGUUUCUGGAUGAAGAUGAUGUUGCUGAUGGUAAUGGGUUAACUGGGUUUGUUCCUGGUUUUGAAGGUCAGCCUUUGAGACCUACUUACGCCAGAGUUUGAUUUUUUUUUUUUUUUUUUUUUUUUUUUUUGGGAAAUUGUAAAUUUGAUACGUGUAAAAGGAUGUUAAUGAGCUGAGACGAGCCGAACUCGAGCUUGGGUUGCUCAGGUCGGGUCGGGUUUUUAACACUUUCAUUCGAACUCGAGCCGAGUCUGAAUGGGAUCGAAUUGCUUUGGUUUGUGUUUGGGUUAGUUUUUUUUAAUUGUAGUGUGAUGGUUGAAAAUGGCAAGUUUUUCUUACGAAGUUGUACAUUGGAAAUUUGUCAGCAAUUAAAAAAAAGUUCAAUUUCAGCUAUGUUGACAUUGCAUUAUUAUAUGUUGAUGUUGAUUGCAUAAAAAACAUCUUGAUGGUGAAGUAUGGCAAUUAAUUUAAUUGCGGUUAAACCAUCCCUAAUUAUGUGAUAUGUUGAUAUCUUAUCCAAAUACGUAAUUUGUAUUGGUUUAUUAGCGAGGAUACGUAAUUUGUAUUGGUUUAUUAGCGAGGAUAAUAUUAUCCUAAAUUCUGUUGUUAUGUUUUUACUUCGUAAUAGAUAAGAGCCAUCAUUGUCAUUGAGGUUGCAAAAGGUACUGCUUCAAUGAUAAUGAAAUAACUCAAUAAGUGAUGCUAAAAGCAGCUAACUUGCCUAUUAAGAUCUUUUAAGACUAUGCACUAAUAAUUUUUUUUAUUUUGUACGGUAGGAAAAUUUAACAGGAAUAAUCCAACCUUCGUUCCGUUCUCCCAUAUUAAUCCAAUUUUUCGAUUAUUCCGCAUUAAUCCAAUCUUUGCCCCCCAUUUUCUCCCAGCAACCCUUACAGGUCAUCUACCGGUACAACCGGUUAUAAGUGCUACGUGGCACUUCCUAAUUGGUUUUUCUUUUUUUUUAAUUUACUUUUUUUUUAUUUUAAUAUGUAAAUAAAAAAAAAACCACCUUCUUUCUUCUUUCUCUCUCUUCCAUCACCAAAUUCACCACCAUAGCAAUCUAUCUAGAAAUUUGCUCCACCUCCGGUCGCCACCCUUGACCACCUUACACCAAAAACAACCACCACUAACACCAAAUCAGCCACCACCUACCGCACCUCAACCACCUGAUUUAAACCCCCCUCCACCCCGUCCCCACCACUAGAACCGCCCCUUCCAUUUUCGACCACCACUGCCCACCCCACCCUAAGCUACCCCCACAGCCCGAAACUACCACAAAACCCCACCACCACCAGCCACCACCACUACCCCAAGACCCUAAUUUCGUCAGCCACCCUAUAACCCACCCAAGCACCCCGAAACCACCCCUUAUCCUUCCCAGACCCCGAUUCCCUUCCCUAGCCCCCGAUAAUCGCCCCCUCCCCUUCCCAUGCAUCGGAGUGUGAAGCUGCGGUUUGCGGAGCUGUGGCCGGUGCUAGGUGCGGAGGUCGGGAUUUGGUGCGGUGGUGUUGUUGGGUGCUGUUGCGGUGGAAAGAGAAGGCAAACAGGGGAGUUAGGUGUGUGGUGUGGUUGGUUUGUGACUGGAGGAGGAGAUACGUGCGGUGGUGCAGGGGAUGGUUGUGGUGGUUUGUGGGCUGCUGUGAAUUGAUGUGGCAAAGGUGAGAGGUGCGGGGCUGUAUUGAUGUGGCAAAAGUGAGAGAAAUAAGAAACAGCAGGGGUGGGGUUUUUUUUUUAUUUUUUUAAAAACUUUUUUUACUACCCAAUUUUUUUUUAAAAAAACAAGUAAAUUAAAAAAAUAAAAAUAAAAAACCAAUCAUGAAGUGCCACGUCAUCAUAAAAACCGGUUGAAACCGGUUGUUAACCUACAAGGGUUGCUGGGAGAAAAUGGGGAGCAAAGGUUGGAUUAAUGCGGAAUAAUCGAAAGGUUGGAUUAAUAUGGGAGAACGGAGCAAAGGUUGGAUUAUUCCCGUUAAAUUUUCCU